AUGGUACGUCCAAGCCAUGCCCUCCAUUUACCACUGAACCUCACCAUCGUGCUCUCUUCAUCAGCCGCAUCUCCUCCAUCCACCUCGACAUCCCAAUCUCGCUCUCAAACAAAAUCUUCACCUUCACACUCUCCGGUCCGGCACGUACAAGCACCUGUCACUCCCCGCGGUCGUACUCGCUAUCCAAAUCAUCUCAAUCGCGACCCCAACCGUGUUCCCCUUCAUCGCAGAGGCACGUCAAAGACUUAUGAACGAUUGGAGGAUCUCUUGAAGGAAGCAGGUUACAAGGAGACGAGAGUGUUCACGCCAGAGACAGACCGUUUUGAUAAUGAGGGUUCAGGGAAGAAAGGGAAAGGCCGAGAGGAUACUUCAAAGACAAGAGGUGGUGUUGGUGCUGUUGUAGGAUUUCUUACCGGACUCGUUACCACAGGUCAGGGACAAGUGCACGAGGGCAAGGAUGGCGAGGGAAGUGAAGACGACGACGAUGUCAUGCCCACACCAACGCAGACUUCGGCAAAAGAGCGGCUACCUCCUUUGACGGGUUCCCCAAUAACGCGCAAGCUAACACUCUCCUCACCUCUUCGCCAAAGUUUUCCUUCAUCAAAUAGCCAGGAAACCAUUCGACGACCCGUAUCCACAAUUCCCCGGUCCCCGUCGCCCACUCCCGCCCCUUCCGGUUAUUCGUCCGCCGCUUCAUCAAGACCCUCGUCCCGUGUAGGCCACCGCACCGUACCCGCCCACUCCAAUUCGUUUCAUCACAAUCAUCAUUCACACCACCACCCCAUCCCGAAACACCAAUUCUCCUUCUCCCAAUUAUCAAAUGACGUCCCCCAUCACAAUCCCGUCCGCCCCCAACCCUCACUGCCUUCGCACAUGCAGACCUACACCCAAGCCUCCGCUGCGCGCAACUACCUCCGCCACAUGGCCUCAACGCCGAACAUCCCCCGGCGAAAAUUGACGCCACAGCACUCCACAGCCGCAUUCACGCACGCGCAGCGCUCGCAGCGAACCAGCGACCCCGGCUUCGAGAGCGACGACGGCCGACCACCCAUGCCCCCCUCCUGGCUCGAAGUCGUAGCGCGAGCGAUCCUCGGUGCGCCGGGAUCACACAUCGGUGGCCCUUCGGGUGCCUCGGGCGGUGGCGGCGGGGCGGGAUUGGAAAGGUCAAGGUCCUCGGUGUCGACGAAGUCUGCGCCUGCGCGUCAUGGGCCGAGAGGAGGAGCCAGGUCUUUACCACAGUCGCAGAAUGUGUCGGCUGCGCCUAGUCGUUCGAAUACUCUUCGCGGUCGGAGGACGACUCGGGCGCCACAGGAUAUCACGAAUUCGAAUGUUGAUGGGACCGCCUUGAGGCCGGGCUUGACGACCAGACCAUCGCUGUUGAUGGUCAACUGUGCGAAUCCGAUGGGUGCAAAGGCGACAAGUAGCGUGGGAAUGGUGGUUAAGACUAAUGUGGUAUGCCGUUCGGCCCCUGUGUCGAGAGAGACAUCGAGAGUUCGAGUGGACAGGGAUGUAUUGGCACGAAGAGGUUUUGGAAACGAAACGGGUACUGUGAGGGGUAAAGGUGGUUCAAAAGGAAGGUCGUUGCUAUUAGGGAGUCGAAAGGCGGGUGGUGGGCGGAAGGGUCCGCGUAAAGGCAAGGACACGUUGCCCAGUUUGAGCACCAGGGUGGAGGAUUACGACUUCGACGUUUGGGGACGGCCGCAACACCCGUCUUUCGACCUCGACGACGACUAUAGCGCGGACGAAGAGAGCGAGGAAGGGGAGCUCGACCUCGCUAGGCUGUUAGUCGACCCGAAAAGACAGCAUUCCAUCCAGAGCCUGAGGAAACAUCUCGAUAGGGAUCAGCGCGCCGGGGCGACCCCACUCACUCGAUCGACAUCGUCACUCACGCAAAGUUAUCCACAUUCGGCGGCGUCUUCGUUCCGGAGAGGACGUAAACCGAGGAACAUGGACAUGAUGGGAACUUGGCUCCCCGAGGACAUGGACGACGCUGAGGAGAUCGAUGGGCACGGUGAAAUCCUCAAUGGGAUGAUCAUUGGCUCGGGGCUGGGUGGGAAGUUUCGCGGACGGGGAAACAGGAGCUAUAGUAGGGGUAGGGGUAGAGGGGAUGGAGAGGAUGACGAUAUGAGUGUGAGGGAUUUGACGAUGUUGGCGGGAAGUUCCGCCGUGCUAGACGAUGGGGCUUCGACGAAGAGGUCGAGGAGAGCUCUCCCGAAUGGGUGGUCGGAAUGAAGCGAUGCGCGGUAGACCGCCUUUGCCGACGUGGCUCAGGGAGCAUACGGGCCCUUUCAUCGGUCGCGGUAGGAUGUCGCUGGGUGUGGCCUGCCCUAUCCUUUCUCCGAGGAUGUCUGGGUGACUGGUCGUAGAUGUCGGUCUUCUCUUUCUAGGUUAGUUGGGCAGCUGCUCUGUUUGACCCCGCGGCGCGAAGAUGCUCUCGUGGCAUUUCCGUCGGCCUGUGUUGGUCGUUCUUUCAAGAGUGCUUGACCAUGGGGACUAUGGAUUUCUUUCUUCAGGGAUUUUCUUCGUGACGGGCUGCGACCGCGCAGGUUCUGUUUGGCGUCCUUCUCCGUUCACCUUGCUUCUUGUUGGUCAUCAAACUAUCCUAUAUCUAUUGUGACCCUAUCGCUUCACUGUGCCGCCGCCACUUGUUGUCUUUCUCGCGUCUCGGUCUGACACUCUACCAUAACUCACUCAUACACGCACCGUCCAUCACCCUAUGCAUCCAGUUGUUCGGUCUCCUCCGGUCUGUUUAAGUACCUAUCCAUCCUAGACCUUUUUACUGGCUUACCCCCCCAAAUAUGUAGAGUAUCGCCUUACAAUUCCUUUUAUUAUUUAAUAAUCCCGUCUUCCCCCAUUCCCAUUCGCUUGUACAUACAUGUUGUC